GUUAUAUGACCACAAUAAUUAUUAGUAUACUGUCGACAUCAGUACUAUACAUUCGUAGUCAUUCACUCAGAUCUUCGAUAUUUCCGUUAUCCUCAGUAUAUAAUACUAGUUUCAAGUACCAAUUCCGCAAGCAAUGAUGUCAUAGAAGGAUUGAAGCAAACAAGAGGGUCCUCUCCUCUUUGGUAUCUAUGUCUUAGAAAACAAUAAAACGUAGUCGUCUUGACGUUGAACGAGUCUUCCACGAAAUGCAGUAGCCAAAGUUGAAUUUUCUAAAGCAUAAUAGUCUAUGAUCUUGUAAAAGUCGCACACAGUCUAUAAAAUAUACACAAGUUUGCUACCAGCGUUGAUCGAAAGGUGUUGCUGAAAAAUGGGAGGGGUGAAGCUGGUUGCUACAACUCAAAGCUUUUUCUGCACUAGGGUUCAGUGGGCUCUGAAGCUCAAAGGCGUGGAGUAUGAGUUUAUAGAAGAAGAUUUAAGAAACAAGAGCCCCAUCCUGCUCAAGUAUAACCCUGUCUACAAGAAGGUCCCUGUGCUUGUGCACCAUGACACACCCAUUGCCGAGUCACUUGUGAUCCUUGAGUACAUCGAUGAGACAUGGAAGGAGAACCCCUUACUUCCUCAGGACCCUUGUGACAGAGCCGCAGCUCGCUUUUGGGCUAAGUUUGCUGAUGAGAAGGUUGUGUUUGGAGUAUGGACAGCUUGCACGAUGGAAGGAGAAGGGAAGGAGAAGGCAAUAGAGGCUGCUCUAGAAUCACUAGCUCAUCUUGAGAAGCAGAUUGAAGGGAAGAAGUUUUUUGGUGGAGAACAAAUAGGGUAUCUGGAUUUAGUACUGGGUUGGAUACCUCAUUGGCUCAAUACUAUGGAAGAAGUUGGAGGCAUGAAGCUACUUGAAGCCGAGAAGUUCCCAUGUCUCAUUGAAUGGGGUCAGAACUUCAUCCAUACUCCACUAAUCAAAGAAUGCAUUCCACCCAGAGAGAAGCUUAUCGAAUACUUGACCGCUAGCCUCAGCUACCUGCGUUCCUUAGCAGCCAAAAAACCAUGAUCUCAUUCUCAUCAGUUUGGUUUUCUAAAUGAUUUAGAUUCCUAUAAACUAUUUUUGGUUUCAGGCUCUCAGGGUUCUUGUCCUAGUUGUAGAGUGUGUCCUGUGUCACACUAGCGAUCUGAUUAGUUCUUUGUUUUUUGGGUCUCCCUCUUGCUUAUGUUUUUCUCCAGAAAUAAAAUGAUGCAUUGUUUUGAUA